AAAAUACGCACAAAAGAAAGAAAGCCCAAUUUAACUAGAAGCGCCUCGCAGUUCAGCCACAACGACCAAACUGACAAGAUGGAACAAUCUCUCUCCACUCUGACGUUCAAAGGUUCAAUCAUUGAAGCCAUUGCUGAAGCCAAACAGCAAAAAAAGCUGUUUGUAGUCUAUAUCUCUGGUGACAAUCUGGAGUCACAUAAUCUAGCAACAUCUACAUGGGCAGAUUCUACUUUGGCAGAGUCAAUAUUGAAGUACUGCAUUUUGCUACACAUCUCAGCAGGGAGUACAGAUGCUGCAAACUUUUCUGCUCUGUAUCCUCAGAAGUCUCCCCCAUGUUUAACAGCUAUUGGAUACAAUGGUGUAUUAUUAUGGCAGUAUGAUGGCUUUUUCACGGCUGAUAUUGUAGCAUCCAGCAUUGAAAAAUCAUGGUUGAGUCUUCAUAUUCAGGAAACAACUGCAACUUACUUGACUGCUGCGUUGGCCUCCAAAAAUCAACCAACUUCUGAAACUUCUGGUAGUAGCUCAUCUGAUCAAGGGAGUUCGUCAAGAGAAAAUAACAUGUCUUCUCCUGUAAAUGUACCAGAAGUAGAAUCAUCAGCAAGGCAUGAGAAAGGGGAAGAAACUAGUUUUCCUGAAUCUGCUUCCAAGGAUGAAAAUUCAAAACCACAUGAUAUGGUAUUGGCUGAAUCCCCUUUGGUGAAUGAAAUGGGGACCUCUGAAUAUUAUGGGACAUCUGGAGCUUCUGCAACUCCAGGUCCUGUGUGUUUUAGCAACACUCAAGACAAGUCUGUUACUCCAAAAGAGAUUCUCAGUGUUGAUCUAUCACAAUCUGUAAAGAGCAAUUCAACAAAAGUUGAAAAGAACGAAAUUGAGGCCUGCAAAAAUGACAGUGGGGGAACUAAAGACAGUAAUGGGCUGGAGCCUGCUGCUACGAAGUCAAGCGAUGUCCAUUUUAACAUAAAGUUACCUGAUGGAACUAGUUUGCGGACGAAGCUCUCUGUGAUGGAUCCUUUGAGAAAAGUAAAAGAUUAUGUAGAUGAGAACAGGACAAGUUAUAUUGGUCCUUACAAUUUAGCAAUUCCUUACCCGCGGAAGGUUUUUGGGGAACAAGAUCUGAGAAUGACUCUGCAGGAGUUGGAUUUGUUUGGACGGCAAACAUUAAUUGUGGUCCCACAUGGGCCCCGGACCUCCCAAGUCAACAUAGUACCAUCCGUGCGUGGUCAAACAAAUUUUGAUGGAGAUGCCUCUUCCAACGGGAGCCACACUGGGUAUUGGGCAUAUGUUAGGAGGAUUGUAUCUUUCUUUAACCCUUUCUCAUACCUUGGUGGUGGUGCCAGUUCCCCCGAUAUUUCACAGGAUCAUAAAAGUAGCAUGCAGUCGCACGGUGCAAAUCCUUCAUCACGGAACAAUCUCAGAGCAGCAGGUAGAUCAUAUGGAGUAAACUCAUCAAAUCAGAGUACGAGUGUCGCUAGGCGAACAAGCGGUAGGCCACAAACGAGGCCUCCUUUUGGUAGUAAUAUCCAUAGUAUCCAUACUCUAAAGCGCGAUGAGGAGGAUGACAAUCGUUCCAGUGAUAGAAAUACCUUCUGGAAUGGGAAUUCUACACAAUAUGGUGGUGACAACAAUGAUAGCAAUUGA